CCAUGACGUUUCUUUGUUAUUUGACUGAUUUGUCAUUACAUUAUACACUUUCAUAUUAGAUUGAAUUGAAUGAAUGAAUUGAUUACAAUGAACAUUGAAAACAGAGCUGUUGUAUCUUGAAUUAUUCUUUGAACUGAAUGUUGCUAUGAACGAAGUUCAUAUUACCGGCAGGAAAAACAAUGAUAUCUGAUUUUUCCAAAAUUUUCGCUACAUCUGGUGUAGGAUAUAUAAGUAACGAUACUUGCCUGACAACAGUAAGAAAUGCAACAGCUAUCAGUAAUAUUUACGAGGGCAUACCUGAAACUAUAUUGCUCAAUGUUAUCUGUUAUGUUGUCCUCAUAUUACUCUUUGCUAUUCUACGCAAUCGAGCCUGGGAUUAUGGUAGAUUGGCUUUGAUGCACAAUGAAAGGUGGACCCAAUUAUUUUACAAAAAUACGGAUGAUGCCAUUGCUAUAGAAGAAUCCAAUGCAGACGUUUCCCUCAUACCAGAUCAGGGAUGCUUAUGGUUUCCUUCAAUCUUCAAAUUGACAAGAGAAAGGAUAUACUCAAGAUGUGGACCUGAUGCUGCACAUUAUCUGUCGUUCCAAAAGCACCUCUUGAUACUUUCCUUCUGUGUGACUUGCUUCUCCCUAAUUGUCAUCCUUCCAAUACACUAUCAAGGAAAUUUACAGGGAGACGAUGUAACCAGUUUUGGUCAUACUACGAUUAGUAAUCUUCCUGCUACAUCUAAGUGGUUGUGGGUCCAUGUUGCAGCGUGUUUCACUCUACUACCAUUAUCCGUUUAUAUAAUGAGGAAAAGUUCAGGUAAAAGACCGAGCGCAACUGUUCUCUCUUCCCGUACUCUUAUGAUUACCCAUAUAUCAAGAAGCCAGAGAAAUGUUGAAGACUUGAAAAAUUAUUUUUCGGUGCGAUAUCCUGGAGUAGAAAUUAAAGAUAUACAGAUUGCUUAUCGGGUGAAAAAAUUGAUGAAAUAUGAAAUGGAACGUGAGACUGUGAGAGAAGCUAAAUCUUAUUGUGUUACAAACAAUAAGACCGACCUAAAAGUCCAGCCGUAUGGUUGCAUAAUAUGCUGUCCUUGGAAGACAGAAAAUGCUUUACAGUAUUAUUCAACUGAAGAAGAAAAAUUUAAUGAUUUUGUUAGGGCAGAAAGAAUCAGAAUUCUAGAAAGGCCUUUAGGAAUUGCAUUCAUCACCUUGAAAACUGAAGAAAUGGCUGAACAUAUGUUGAAUUCAUUCCAACCAGAUUCAAUACGUCAUUGGAUCAUUUCAAAAGCUCCUUCUCCCUCUGAUAUCAAUUGGGAAAAUCUCGAAAUCUCUUAUCGAAACUGGUAUUCCAAAGCAAUCCUCAUAAAUGCUAUUUUGUUCUUAGUUUUAUUCUUUCUAACUACGCCCUUGAUUUUAGUGAAUGUUAUUAAUAAUCUGACCUCCAUUCAAGAGAAUUUUAUCUAUAAACUGAGCCCAAUGUUAUCUGAAUUCCUCCCCACAUUACUGCUUCUAUCUUUCUCUGCAUUUUUACCAGUUCUUGUUGCCUAUUCGGAUCAAUGGAUGUCUCAUUGGACGAAGUCACAACAAAAUCAUGCAACAAUGCACAAAACAUUUUUCUUCCUUCUGUUCAUGGUACUUAUUCUUCCUUCCUUGGGUCUUACAAGUGCUCAAACCUUUGUUGAAUGGUCCAUCCAAACAAAUCAAUCUGUACAUUGGGAAUGCAUAUUUUUAGCGGAUAAGGGUGCCUUUUUUGUUAACUAUGUUAUCACAUCGGCAUUGAUUGGAACAGCACUUGAAUUAUUGAGAUUUCCUGAGUUAGCGAUGUAUACUUGGAGAUUGCUUCGUAUUAAAUCUGAAGCCGAGAAAAUUACUAUCCGUAAACAAAUUUUGUCGGAGUUUCCAUUUGGAAUACAUUAUGCUUGGACACUUCUUAUAUAUACUGUCAGUACUGUUUAUUCUUUAUCUUGUCCACUUAUCACGCCCUUUGGAUUGAUGUAUCUCACACUGAAGCAUUUUGUAGAUAAAUAUAACAUUUAUUAUGUUUAUCGACCUAUCACAAUGUGCGGAGAAGGCCAUGCGAUACAUAGUGAUGCUGUUAAAAUGGUAAGAGUUUCUGUUCUGCUAUUACAGCUUAUUAUGUCAGUUUUCUUCUACAUAAGAGGAGGAUCAGGUUGGAUGACUGUGCUGACUUUGAUCUCCUUACUGGUCACUGGGGGGUGUUUUAUAUUACUCAGCCCUUUUCCUACUUGUAAAAAUUCUCGUUCAAGUCGUACCAAUCUAUCGGAAACACAAGAACAGUAUAUUGCUCCUGUUCUUUUGAGUUCUCAGUCUGUAGGAAGUCCAAAUGAAGUAGUUUCUCCUUCACAGUCAUAUGGUUCCAACGUGAGCGAUAUAACUGUUCGUAUUGAUCUAGAUAAUUCUACUAGUACUGCUUAAGCAUGAGAAUCUUUUAAUUUUCUAAGGCUGUGACUAAUUUCUCUUCUUCAUUUACUCUUUCCCUAUAAGUGACGAAUAACUACUUGAUGUUAAGAUUUCCUUUCUGGUUUAUUAUGAAACAGUCAAAAUAUUAAUUCAUCGAAUGCUGCUUGGCGCUUAAAGUUUGUACCUUAGUUUCUUUUGCCUGAGUUAAGUAAUACUCAAAGUUGAAAUGCCUCAGGUCCGAGUUACAGAAAGAACUUUGGAUUUCGAUGAAUAGUAUUCAUUAUGGUGAAUGAAAAAAAUUUUAUUCCAUCAAUCUCAUGCUAUUAACUAAGUAAUCGAAAGUUUCUUGGCUGUCAAUGAUUUUGUGAGCAAUAUUCAUAACUUUUCUCAAAAGUACAGAGUAAUUCAAACAAAUUCUAAUUUUGGCAGUUAUGCUUUUGGUAGUUAAUUUAUUAGUCGAAUUAUCUGGUCAAGGCUAUAAAGGAGUACUUCUUUAGUUAUCGCCUUCUAUAGUUAUUUUAAUCAUUACCUAAAUUGGUAUAACUAAUCUCCGACUAAGGGACUUAUUUACCCUAUCCCAGUAUUCUGAUAAUUUUCAGGAACUCAAAUUAAAUAUUUAGAUGCAAGAAUGAAUAGGUAAACUUGUUAUAGUUAUGUAUAGUAAUUUAUUGAAUUUGAGAAUUUAUGAUAUGUUUUAGUUCAAUUUUCUGUUAGAUUAAUGUAUCAAUUUUAUUUGUGUAACUCAAGUGAUGUAAAAAUAUUUUCCUACAUGCUUUAUUUUUAAUAAACAUAAUUAUGAAAAAGCA